AAUCCCCUACGUAUCCUGGCUGGGGGUGAUCCCUUGUACACAAGCUUUGUAGAUUACUGGGGUGAUGACGUAUCGGGAAACCGAUCAAAGUCGUUCAACAAACAUAAUAAUGCGUACAUCGUCCACAGAAACUUGCCGCGCUCCCUCCUACAACAAGAGUUUCACAUUCAUUUCAUAUCUACAUCUCAAAAUGCGAUUAUUCCAGAGCAAUUCAAGGCCUUCAAAGAGAGCAUCGUUUCCACCCACACCCAACCGCUCAAAGUCCGGGAUGCCAUGACGGGGGAACAGGCUGGCAUUCGAAUAUUUGUCAACAGUGAUCCUGGAGACAACCCAAUGCAGAGUGAGAUUAGCUCGCAUAUUGGAGGCAGCGGCAAUUGCAAGUGCCGGAAAUGCAAGGUCGGGGCGAGCCGAAAGGCCAAUGAGGCACCGGAGUUAUACCAUGCCCUCUUUCAGGCUGGAGAACAACGCACUUCAGACGAUACGUUGCAGGAAGUCCGUGCACAGUUUGAAAUAGCAUGCAAGGGUGUGGCUCAGCAUGUCAAAGACCGACAAACAGAAACAGGUGUAAAGGAUACAUAUGCGCAGUCCUGGGUGGAAGAACUGAUCAGUCGUUUCAAAUCCAUGAAAGUGGCUGAUCCAUCAAGGUCAAGGGAAUCCAUCUCGCAAGAACUUUUGACUUGGGUUCACAGUCACACAGACGACAUAUUGAAUCCAUUUCUGACCAUGCCAGGCUUGGACGUGAAUCGCGACACACCAGUUGAGCUUCUACACACGGUAUUACUCGGUUUACUGAAGUACAUCUGGCACUGGACGCAUACGGAGUGGAAAGAACCACAAAAGAAGACCUUUGCCCUUCGGCUUGCAUCCACAAACACAGAUGGCCUUUCAAUUCAUGCCAUCCGUGCCGAUUACAUUAUGCACUAUGCAGGCUCGCUCAUCGGUCGACAGUUCAAGGCUCUUGGACAGGCAGCUGCAUUCCACGUCUAUGAUUUAUGCUCACCUACCCACUACCAAGUCUGGAAAGCAGCCGGAGAAUUAGACGCUCUGCUCUGGAUGCCAGAGAUAGACGAUCUUGAUAUUUACCUGACGGACAUCGAGGUGGCGGCAGCUAAUGUGGUAGAUACGAUUGCCUUGCUCGACCCGUCGAAAAUGGUCGAGAAGGUCAAACUCCAUCUCAUUGCUGCCCACUUGGCAGAGGAUGUCCGCCGACACGGCAACCUGAUCAAUGCCAUCACAGAAGGGUUCGAGUCCUUCAACGGAGUAUUCCGGCUUUCCUCCAUAUACUCCAAUCACCUUGCUCCAAGUCGCGAUAUCGCGCAAAGCAUGUCGCGCAUGGAAAGCAUGAAACGAUCUCUCAAUGGCGGCUUCUGGCGUAAUCCCAACGAUGAAGACCCUUGCACCUGGAUUCGAGCAGGCCCGGGCGUACGGGACUAUCUAAGAUCCCGACCCACAAUCCAACGACACCUUGGCUGGACCGAAUCUACUUUGAUUCCUGCAGGCACUGUCAAACACAAUCCGAUGCACCACGAGGGCAAGAGAGUUCGGUCACGCCCCAUCGUUGAAUUUAACCAAACCAAGGCUGCAAAGGCAGUGAAUAGUGACGUGUUUGAACAAGAUUCGCGGUGGACCACCUGCUCCAAAGUGUACGCGAAAUCCCAGGAUGAAUGCUUUCCUGGAUCUUGGGUCUUUGCCCGUUCGCCUCUAGAUGGAAAUAUGAUCAUUGGGCGCAUCCUUGAAAUCCUCGAUUCAGCAUCGUCUUGCACCGUGCAGAAGAGCAUUAUUUCCCUGGACCAGUUUCAACUUGGUCAGACAAGGCACCCGACUUUCAACAUGCCAACACUUUCACUUCGGCAGGGCGAAGCGACUGUCGUCCUUGUGCCUGCUGAGAACAUUGAGUUUUGUCAGAAUGUGCAGCACGACUGCGUUGCUGGAAAAUGCAUGCCGUCUGGCCGACGGGCUCGAAAACAGGAAAGGAAAGACUCAGGGCAAGUUGAGCACUUUAUCGUGCACAACGAAGAAUCUCAAUCAUACGUGGUGAACACGCACGCCUUUCACAACGCUCACCUCCUUCGACGUUGCAUCCCACGCAGCCUUAUCGCACCGGUUCCACUUUAUAUUGAUCGGAAGGCGCAUCAUUAUUCAGUGGCAGAGACGUACAGGAGGAGACAGGAUAGGAAGCGA